GUUUUACCGUCCCCGUAUAACUAGUUCGUGAAAUCCUCAAUGCUCAUCAUUCAUAUUCAUGAGGUUUCAAUGAUUCCAGUAUUGUGGAUAUUCCAAGCUCCUGCAAUCCUCAUGGUUCCUCUUCCUGUCCGAUUCUACUCCAUCUAAUCACUACGCUCUCAUCAUAGAGAAACUCCUUUUUUAUUAUUGUUUCUUAGAACUUCUCCCGCCAAAAAAUAAUAAUAUCAUAUUUCCAUCUAUUCAUUCAUUCAUCCAGACAUCCAGACAUCUAUCCCCUCCAUCCCGUCCCAUCCCUUCUCGUCCCAUUCAUUCGCUUGAUACUAAUGAAAAUCGGCCGCCUCAUUAUCAGUGGCCCAUCAACUACUACCUACUCACCACUCACCACUCACCACUCACCACUCACCACUCACCACUCACCACUCACCACUCACCAUUCACCACUCACCACUCACCACUCACCACUGCAUCUACCCCCGUCUCCCAAAAACACAAAAUUCACUCCCUCUCUACACCUCACCCCUCAAAGACCAUAAGCUCGACGCCUCAAAUCGACUUCUUCCCGGAAUUCUCCCUCGCCCAUAUAGUACAAUAAUGCCAUAAUGCGAGUGGUUUCGCAGAAAGAUUCUGCGCCGUUGACUGCCAAAAGUGGUAAUCCAAAUAUGCCUUCCUACGAUAAGACAAAUCCCAAUCGACCAUUGGCACCCUCCAGUGCUUCGGCGAAUCGAGGAAACAAACCCAAGACUCCAUUAACUCCAAAAGUCUCGACGACAAGACCUGCUUCAAGACAAUCUCGUUCGGAAAAUACUACGCCGAAUAAUAUAAAAGACGAUUCCUCGACUCUCGGUCCUCCAUUCCUAAAUGGUAACAAUACAUCUGGAAGACCAACUACAAGAAAGACUCGCUUUGAUAGUAUAAGUCAUUCACCAUCUGGAACUCCCAUACCGUCGGAAGGUCCUCGAUUAUAUGAUCCUUCACAGCAUGCGUCUGGCUUGGGGAUUUCAGGCAUGGAGAGGGAUACAACGAAACGACCAACUGUAGCAUUCAGUCCCUCGAAUUCAGAGUUAAAUUAUUCACAAUCAUCGCAAUCCUCUGCCGACUCCAAAUUCUUCUUUGCUAGUGAUGCGAAACCACAUAGUCACAGUACGCAGCAAACAAAACCUCCGCCCACUAAAAAACCUGCCGCCUUCUUUCAUGCCAAUGGAGAUAAAGUUCCCAAGAAACAACCACCGCGUUCUGGAGCUUCGACCGUAGGAUCAACUAUUGGAGAGGAAAGAGGUCACGCAAAGUUUUUUCAUGCCAAUGGUACUCCGGAAUUAGGACUAUCGCCUUCACCACAAUUUGCGCCUCCUCGCCCGAGUUCGGUUCUCUCAACUCAUUCUCGAGUCACUUCACCACGAUUAGCAAAUCCUACGACAUCCCCUUCACAACGGCCCACGUCACCACAAAAAUUAAAUACUCAAUAUGCCUCAAUAUCAACAGCCAGAUCUCCAACCCCGCUGGCUUCUCCUGUUUUACCUCGACCAAAAGCUGUGGUUCGUGGACAAUCGGCGAAUAACAUCACACAGUCAAGAAGAACAAGUGCAGAUGGGGGGUUUGGACAUCAACGAAAUACAAGCACAGGAUCGUCUAUGGAAAGAUUGGUAUUGACAAGGAAGGUUUCAUCAGGAGGUCAUUCUACGGAUAUACCAAACCCAAUAACAAUCACAGAACCAUCAAGUCCAGCCUCGAUGUCAAAUACAGAUGAGAUACCUGAAGGGGAGGAGGAGGAGGAGGAGGAAGGGGAAAGUGAAGAUGAGGACGAGGAGGAUGGCGACGAUGAUGGGGAAUCGCUUUCCUCUGAAGACGAAGUGAUAGAAGAAGUCCUCAAAGCCGGAGGUUCGAUAGAGCGUAUGAACGAAUUAGCAGCCAUCGCACGAAACGAAAGAAAGGUUUUAGAUCUGGAAAUUACAAACUCAUCGCUUGCAGCUAUAAAUCGAACUCUAGAACGAGAAAUGAGGAGGCAGACUGCGGAAUUACGAAGAUAUAAACGACUUAGUCGUUCUGGUCGAUUAUCCAUGGCCACGGGAGCUUCAUCACGUGCAACAAGUGGGACUUUAGCUGUUGUGGAUGAGAGGGAGGGCAAUAGUUUAUCAGAUAUUAGUCAAGGGAACUCUGAUUUAGAUGAUGAAGAAGAUGAAGAAGAAGACGAUGAAGAUCCAUCUUCUGAAGAAGAUCUCAUUGAUGCCGGAACGUUAAGUCCUGGCGCGGUAGCAGAACAUGAUCUCAAACAUCGAAAGAAGGACGAGAAAAGAUUACGACUCGAUUUAUCAAAACAUCAACAACUGCUAAUCGACAGUCAAAACAUGAAUCAAAGUCUCAAAAAAUGUUUAGGCUGGACCGAAGAACUCAUCAACGAAGGGAAAAGAGCAUUAGAAUAUAAAGUUAAAACCAGCGAUAUAGAACCUCUCGCACCUCGCGUCUUAGCACCAGAUGAACUCGACGAUAAUGACGUUGAAAUGGAUAAUGAGGGUAUGUCAGCAAUUGGUGCGAGUCUUUUGAGAGAAGCCAGGAAAGCAGCAGCGGAACAAAAGGAGAAGGCGAAUAAUCUUGCGGUACCCACGGAAACAGAUGAACAAUUGGAGGAUUUAACUCAGGAUAUUCAAUUUGCGCUUUUUGCGUCAGGGGGAUCAAGUGAAAUUCCAGUGGAAGAGAAGAGUGAGGAAAGACCGGAAUCGAUACCACUUGCUCCACCUACUAGUCCAUGGGUUUCGACUUUUACAUCGAGGUUGCAAACUCGUUCGUAGGAGGGAGGGGAUAGAGAAAGGGGAAAAAAGGGAAAGGGACGGGAAAAGAAGAGGAUAUCUUGUACGAAUGAAAGGAGGAAAGACAGACGUGCAUAGCAUAGCAUAUCGCCACUCAUAAAUUUGCAAUCCGUAAUGCUUUCUUUAUUUUUCUGCUUUUUCUCCACAGUCAUGGUCUGGACUUGGACGCGGGACGGCUCAUACGGAAUGGAUAUUUGUUUUCAAGGGGUUUGGCGUUCUUUCUCUUACUGGUAUAUACACAUGGAUCCCUGGAUUGGCAUUGCGAAGGGCGCAUAUUUUUGCCAUUCUAUCUUAUGGAUGAGGUUCAGGAUGGGAUGCGGGUUGGGAUGGGCUUGCAUUGGAUUUAUUUGGAUUGCUUUUAAAUUGGAUUGGGAAGGGUUGAGGGCUGAGGGUCGAAAGGGGAAAGGGGAAAGGAAGGAAAGAAAUUCUAUUUUA